AUUUGAAAAAAAGUUAUACCAUUCAAAUUUUUUACUUAAAAAGAAAAUAGAGGAAACGAAAGAAGAAAGAAUUUCGUUGACCGUCAGUAUCGUGUACAAGUGUUUGAUUAAACAUGACGAUAAAACAGUGUUGAGAUACUUGAUAAUAGGGUUACUGAUUGUGGUGAUCGUGAACGUAGAAUUUUCCUCAGCAGUGCUGGGGAAUGGAUUGUAGAGAGUGCCGUUGUACCGAUCGAUCGUGAUCGGUGGCGGUACCAAACGGAAGUCUCCGAAGGGCGAAGAGACAUUAGUGCAGAGAAGUAGAGGAGGACUUGGUGAAUCGAGGAAAAAUCGAUGGCCAUCAGCGCCCAUGGGCGGCCUCGCGUUUAGGACAAGGAACAGCCCCUCCCAGAAGACCUCGCUCCGGUGGGGUGAUUGCUGCCCCCCAAACCCCAAUCCGCCGUCGUCGUCGGCCCUUUGGAAGAACCGCCAACGAGACAUGCCGCCGGUGCCCGUUUGAGGCUGUCCCCCGUUGCUGCGUGAUUGUACUCCUAGGGGUCUUCAGAGGUAUCCAAACGUUCCGAAAUCGGACCGGUCAGGAAGUCUGUGGGAUAUCCGUUUUCGUCAACUCGAACAUACACCGUUGGAACCGUACACCCCGAAGAUGAUCAACAUCGCUGGCCUGAUCUCGAUCAUAUUGUUUUACGCGUUGAUAUUAGGAGUUGGAAUAUGGGCAGCAAGGAAAAAGGAGUCUGGCAACGACUCCGAGGAAGAGGUCAUGUUAGCUGGCCGUUCGAUCGGCUUAUUCGUUGGGAUCUUUACAAUGACAGCAACAUGGGUAGGUGGAGGUUACAUCAACGGGACAGCAGAGGCCAUUUACACGAAAGGUCUGGUCUGGUGUCAAGCACCAUUCGGAUAUGCUCUGAGUCUUAUUUUUGGUGGGAUAUUCUUUGCGAACAAGAUGCGACAACAGGGGUACAUCACGAUGCUUGAUCCGCUGCAAGAUGCAUUUGGGGAACGAAUGGGCGGUCUUUUAUUUCUUCCUGCCUUAUGUGGCGAAGUAUUUUGGGCGGCAGGUAUUCUAGCUGCUUUGGGUGCAACUUUAGCAGUAAUCAUCGACAUGGAUCAGGGUGCAUCAGUCAUUCUAAGCGCCUGCAUCGCAGUUUUUUACACACUCUUCGGCGGUCUCUAUUCCGUCGCCUACACCGACGUCAUCCAACUUUUCUGCAUUUUCAUCGGACUGUGGAUGUGCAUCCCGUUUGCUUGGUCCAACCCAAAGGUAGAGUCACUUAGUUCCAUGGAAGUUGACUGGAUUGGCAAGGUCAAACCCGACGAGUAUUUUUAUUACGUAGAUUAUGGGUUACUUCUGAUAUUUGGUGGCAUACCUUGGCAAGUUUAUUUCCAGAGAGUACUUUCAUCUAAAACAGCUGGUAGAGCACAAGUUUUGAGUUACGUUGCUGCUUUCGGAUGCAUACUCAUGGCUAUACCACCUGUUCUAAUUGGAGCCAUAGCAAAGGCAACACCUUGGAACGAGACAGAUUAUCACGGGCCAUAUCCAUUAACGGAAUCGGAAACAAGUAUGAUAUUACCGAUGGUGUUGCAAUAUCUGACACCAGAUUUUGUUUCCUUUUUUGGAUUGGGUGCUGUAUCGGCAGCUGUUAUGUCUUCGGCAGACAGUAGUAUAUUAUCAGCCAGUUCGAUGUUCGCUAGAAAUGUUUACAAGUUGAUCUUCCGACAGCGGGCAUCGGAGAUGGAAAUAAUUUGGGUGAUGAGAGCAGGAAUUGGAGUAGUUGGUGUAUUGAGUACGGUGAUGGCCUUGACGAUACCUUCGAUCUAUGGAUUAUGGUCGAUGUGUUCCGACUUGGUUUACGUUAUUCUCUUCCCACAACUUUUAAUGGUCGUCCAUUUCAAGGAAUAUUGCAAUACUUAUGGCAGCUUAUCCGCUUAUACAAUAGCAUUUUUGGUGAGGGUCAGUGGAGGUGAACCAUUGAUGGGUUUACCAGCAUUAAUCCGUUAUCCUUGGUACGAUGAAGAAACGCAAACGCAAAUGUUCCCGUUUAGAACAAUGGCGAUGUUGCUAUCAUUGGUGACAUUGAUCUUUGUAUCGUACGGUACGCAGGUUGCCUUUGAAUCAGGUAGAUUGGCUCCUGGAUACGACGUCUUUAGAUGUGUGGUAAACAUACCGGAAGACGUUGAACGGGUUGGACCAGAUCCAGCGGAAGGUGAACAAAUGGCAGUCCUUGCAUCAGGAGCUGGAAGACUUUAUGGUAGCAAGGACGAAUCACACGGACGAGUGAAUCCAGCGCUCGAGCCGGACUACGACAUGGAGCCGGGUUACAAGGCUGUUGUGCCACCCGAGGGUGUCCUCGAUGGUGGCGGGGGAGGGGGACAAUUAGGUCUUCAUGGACCAAACGUUCCUCGCCAACCACAAUCCAGCACCGCGUUCUAAUUCCUGGUUCCGUGAUCGGAUGCUGUGACCAACAAUAACUGCGGUGGUUCGGGUACGUCUUUCUAAUUUCCUUUCUUAUAUUUUUCCUCUCCCCCUUUCCCCCUCCUCCUCCUCCUCCUCCUCCUCCACC